UUUUUCAAAAUCCAUAUCAAUUUAAUCAAAGUUUUUUUCCACCUAUCCAAAAUACAAGAAUUCUGACUAUAAAUUCUAUUCUUUUACCUUCAGCUCAACAUAAAGAUAGUGAACAAUUUUAUCAAUAUAAUAAUAUAUAUAAUAAAAAUAAUAAUCAUAAUAAUGUUGUUGAGUUACAUCAAAAUAAAAUUAACAGUUUAUUGGAAAAUAAA